CAUUAUAGUUUAUAAUUUUCCUUCCGGCAGACGAAAUUGCAGUUUCCGGCAAUCUUUCGUCUUCUUCCCUCCACUCUCUCUCUCUCUCUCUCCCCGUGGUGUUCAUGAGAUUGACUAAAUUACCAUAAAAUCCCUCCGGUUGAGACGAAAUUAAAGUCAUCAACACCGUCAUCGGUUGACUCAAGUCCUCCCCCAUACCAAAUCUUAGGGUUUCGGCCGGCAAUCACAUACCAAAUCUUAGGGUUCAUGAAUUCGCUUGUUUGCUUGCUUGUUUAGCACGCUUUUAAUUCGCGGUUCAUUUUAGGUUUAAUGAUUAAUGAAGCACACUACGACUGAUUAGUUAUAGAAAAUUUUUUGUAUUGUUUGGAUAUAUAAUUGAUAUGUAUGAAUGGCGAACGCCGGGGAAGAGGAAAACGACGCCGUUCUGAGCGAUGUCGAGGCCGACGAGCCUGCGGCGAUCGAUGUUGAGACUCCGUCCCCGGAAGACGUAUCCCUGGAGAAAUUCCGGGAGGUCCUUGCCGAGCUCGAUCGCGAGAGGCAAGCGCGCAUCGCCGCGGAGAAUUCCAAAUCCCAAUUGGAAGUCUCCCUCAACCGAUUGAAAGUCCUAGCUCACGAGGCUAUUAGGAAGCGCGAUGAGUCGUCGAAGCAGCGGGAUCAGGCCUUGCGCGAGAAGGAAGAGGCUUUGGUGAAGGUUGAUAAGGUAUCGACCGAGCUUAGUGGGGCGGUUAAGGAGAAAGAUGAACUUUCGAAGCAGAACGAAGAGUUGCAAAAAGAAUUUGAAGAAGUGAUGAAAGUGAAAGAAUCGAAGAGGGUGGAAGUCGAGACUGCAGCUUCGAUGUUGGUGAGUGGGAUUGAUAAAAUAUCCGGGAAAGUGAGUCAUUUUAAGAAUUUUACCGCCGGUGGAUUGCCUAGGUCUCAGAAAUAUACAGGCUUGCCAGCAGUGGCUUAUGGGGUGAUCAAAAGGACAAAUGAUAUAGUGGAAGAAAUGUUGAGGCAGAUUGACUCAACUACCAAGUCUAGGAACGAGGCUCGGGAACAGAUGGAUCAGAGGAAUUACCAGAUUGCUAUUGAGAUUUCACAACUUGAAGCAACAAUUAGUGGUUUGAGAGAGGAGAUUUUAAAGAAAGAUUCCCUUGUUGAGGAUCUGCGGAAGUCGCUGGCUGAUAAAGAUAAGAGCUUUUCAGAGUACGAAAGGGAGAUGCUUGAUAAGCAAAAUGCCAUGGAAAGUGAAUUGAUAGGGUUGAGGCAGAUGCUGAGUGAGUCUGAAGGUAAAAUGAGCAGUUUGGAGUUGAAGUUGGAGUCACUAAGAUCUUUACUGACUGACCAAUUGAAUUAUGUAUCAAAAAUACACAAACAGGUUUGCAAUGUAAUAAAGGUAGUGGAUGUUACAAAGUCAUCUGAAUUAUCAGAUUCCUUGUUUCUUGCUCUAGAAAUGGACGUUGAGGAGAAUAUGAGAGCAUCUUUGGCAGGAUUGGAGUCCAUAUAUGAUUUAAGUCAAAUUGGUUUUGAAAAAACAAGGGAUCUGAUGGAGGAGAAGAAUCGUGAAGUGAAAGGCCUUAAAGAAUGGGUUUCGCAGCUGAUGCAGGAGAAAGAACAAAUUGGGUCUUUAUUACGAAGUGCUUUGUCAAGAAGGGCAUCAGUGGAUUUGUCAUCCAAAACAAAUGAGCUGUUUAAAAUAGCAGAAAAUGGAUUGAAAGAGGCUGGGAUAAAUUAUAGGUUCAAUAAUAACCUUGGGGAGCAUAAAUCUCCAGCUUUGGAUGAUAAAUUGCAGGCUUCAGACACAGAAGAAGAUGAAGUAUAUGCUUUGGCUGGCACUUUAGAGAACAUUAUCAAGCAGUCUCAGCUUGAGAUCAUUGAGCUUAAACAUUCACUGGAAGAGCAAAGGGCGGAGUCAAGUUUACUUAAGGAACAUGUGGAUGCUCAAGCAAAGGAACUGAGCCAAUGGAAGCAACAGGUAGAGGAGCUUGAGGAGAAAGAGAGGGUCGCAAAAGAAAAUGUUGAAGGGCUUAUGCUGGACAUUGCUGCUGCUGAAGAAGAAAUCAGAAGGUGGAAAGUAGCAGCUCAGCAAGAAGCUGCAGCUGGGAAAUCUGUUGAACAAGAAUAUCUGGCACAGUUGUCUGCCAUACGCCAGGAGCUUGAAGAAGCGAAACGGAGUGUGAUAGAGUCAGAGAAGAAGCUCAAAUUCAAAGAAGAAACUGCAGCUGCAGCCAUGGCCGCGAGAGAUGCAGCUGAGAAAUCAUUGCGACUGGCAGAUUCAAGGGCAACUAGGUUGAGAGAGAGAUUGGAAGAGCUCACUCACCAGCUCGAAGAGUUGGAUUCCAGGGAAACCUCCAGACCAGGCCUAACCAGACCCAGAUACAUAUGCUGGCCUUGGCAAUGGCUAGGCAUAGAUUUUGUAGGUACUAACAGGCCCACCGAAUCGCAACGCGAUGGUUCAAACGAAAUGGAGCUUUCUGAACCCCUUAUCUGAAUUCUUUUGCCCCAUACUUACCCCAUCCUCCUUCCUCUGUAUAUCUAUUCUUAAGUGUGAACCUCUUAGAGAAUGAAAGCUGUGUGACAAAAAUAGAGAAUACAUUUCCCAACCCUUAUCCAGGUAAUUGGAGUUUCAUCAACUGUUUAUGGUACACAGGAGAGAGAUUAGUUUUGCACUUUUGCCUGCCUUAAUAAUCACCAGUUUUCCACUUUUUAAAAAUUCCAAUUCCUGGCUUUUGUUAUGACUCAAA